AAUGAAUGCUAUAGUCAUAGAGGCAAAGUUGGUGACAAUAUGUUUUAAUGUCAGAGCUGCUAUCGGCAGUAUUGUAGUGAAUGUCUUAAUCCUCCCGAGGUAUCUCCUCUUUAUUUUCUUUACAGAUUUAGGGACUCUGGAAAUUGUGAUUGUUGAGGGAAACUUAUCUUGAGAAAUUAUUAAAUUUGCAUCACCUUUCAAUUGAAGCAUGCUCCAAAAGGGAAAAGGCUUUGCUCGGGUUGUAUCACACUGGAGGGCGAGACCCUCUCUGUAGGAUAUGAGUUGACACGAGCGAGAAAGCAUUCAAAUGCACUUUUGGAAGGAAGUCCCCAAAAAAAAAUGCAGCCAUGACAGUAAGGAUGCAUCUUUUCCUGGAAAACUUACUUUGGAAGAAUUGUACUUAGCACGUCAAGAUAAAUGCAUUAGCUUAUGCAACAAUUCAGCUGAAAAACGGAAGUUUACCUCAACACUAAUUACAUUUCAUCGAAGAUCCAAGCAGAACAAGGGUAGGACAAAUCUACAAGCUGGGGAGAAUUCUUCAUUGGCAGCAGAAGGAUAUAACCUUGAAUCUGCUGUCUCCACCUGUACAUUUGAAACAGUGCCUGCUAAAAGCUGCUCAAAUGAUAACGUGGAGGAUCUAAAGAAUGAGAAGGAUAUACAACUGAGGGAUCCCUUUGUUAGGAAUGAAAAAGAAGUAUGUUAAUCUUUUCUGAAGCAGCCUUUUGGAUAUCAGUUCUUCCUGCGGAUAGUGCGAAGAAGCUAAAAUAACUAAUUUUUGAAAGAAUGUUUCAUUCCCAGGAAUGCCACCAUAAGAUAAAAAUGUUACUACAACUAAGAUUGAUUUUUAGAAUCACUUUUUUAAAGAAUUAAUUUUUGCAUAUACUUGCAGUGCUAAUAACUUAGAUAUCAGUGCUAGCUUACUUAUUGUAAUAGAAGAAGAGAAUUCUUGUUGAAGAUAAAUGAAAAAGGAAGAGAAAUUAUGAAAAUGAGAGCUGGCUUAGUUAUUAGAUUUGCAUGGGAAAAAAUUUCAGUUUUGCUUCCUAAAAUUACAACCAGUAAUCCUCUAUCCAAAGUUAAUACCGACCUUGCAUAUUUCUUAUGGCAGUCUUGGGGACAAACAUACCUAUAUUGUAAUUACUUUUUCACUGACUUAAAUAGAUACAUUUACAUUUUUAAUGAGGCGACGCCGUGCCGGCACUACAUUUUGAGUGUGGGCUUUCUUCAAUUUUCAAGCUUGGAUAUUGCUGACGAAGGCGUGAAGGAUUUUCAUUUUGCAUUCGAAGGUCAAUUUAACAAAGGCGUGAAGGAUUUUCAUUUUUGCAUUCCAAGGUCAAUUUAUUGCCUGAUACCUUGAAACCUCAACAAAAUUGAUUAAAUGGGAAAAAUGCAUCUGUUUACUCCAGAAAGUUGUGGAAGAGUAGAUGGAGUUUCUGAUUUUUGUCUAACAGAAUAUAAAUUUGUUCUCGUGUUUUAUUAUGUAUAAGAUUUUCGCCGUAACAUUGAAUACCGGCAUAUUAAGUAUCUGUUGUAAAUGAAAUAACGGAAUUCGUUGUGAACUGCUAAUCAAUUUGCUGAUUCUAUUACAGGUUUAUAGUCAACAAACUGAUUAUAAUUCCAAGUUUCCUGCAUCUGCACCAAGGACUGAGAUGUAACCUUCUUUCAUGUCUGUAUAGUAAAUUAAUAACUGUUGGUUAUAUAAUUUGAUUCAUGAAUAUUUUAACAGUGGCAUACAAGUGGACGAGCAGUUGAAAUCUCUUCAAAAAUCAGCCAAUGAUACAUCAACUACUGUUGCUCGACUUUGUCCUCAUUUUCUCAAGGAGACUUCCUUCAUUGUUACGUUGCCAUGGAUUUUCAAGAAAAUCAUCCAGUAUAUCCAUCGAGAAACUUAUCAGAUAUUGCCACUACAGAUUUGGUGCAUAAUAACAUUGAUAAAAAAAAAAUGUCUAAUGAAGAUUUGAACACCAUGGAAUUGCCUGGUGAAAUGUCAGGGAAUAAAUGUUCACGAGCAUCUCAGGACCUAGCUGUUGCUGUACCUGCUCGUGAUAUUGACUGCAACAUAGCACUGGACUCUGGUUCUGAUGAACCAUAUUUUCCUAUGGUGUCUUCUCCAAGUAAAAAUUUGGAUUCUCUCAAUGCGAAAAUUAAGGUGAAUUUGUCGACCCGUGAGGCAGGGAUGCGAGAAAGUGGUGGUUCUCAGGUGAAAGCAGUAGACAAAAGCAAUGAUGGUGUAAAUCAUCGUCCACAGUACAGGGACAUUGCAUCAAAAAAUAAUUAUCUUCAGUUAUUCCCUGAGAAUAGAAGCCAUGACUUGUUACCAUCAGCAAAAACACAGCAGGAGGAGAUUUCUUUUGUGGAAUCGGAAGAAAGCUGGAGCCAGCUCAAACCCGCUAGUACAAGAUCUUCACUCUUUCUUGGUUUAUCCCUGUCAGAUCCUUACAAUUCCAUGUCGUAUCAGUGGCCUAAUUUUAACAUCCAAUCUGAAGAAAUCUAUCAUGAUUUAGGACCGCAACCCUGUUCAGAUCAGACAUCGUCACUUUUAAGACACAAGAUGAUGCUCGAUAACAUUUCAAGGAGAGCAAGAGUAGCGAAGGGUAACGGAGUCGGUUUUCCAGAUAGGUUUGAAUCUCCAACCACCUGGUCAGAGGAGGAGCUGGAUUGUUUGUGGAUUGGAGUGAGGAGACAUGGAAGAGGUAAUUGGGACACCAUGUUGAAGGAUCCGAGACUGCAUUUCUUUCCCUGGAGGACACCAAGGGACUUGGCUGAGAGGUGGGACGAGGAUCAAUCCAAACUUAUGUACAGCAUGCUCAUCUCCCAACCGAAAUAUGCCAGCACCCCAGAUAUAUCGUCAUGCCAUAUGAAGAACUUUUCAUAUCCUAAGAUAAAACGUCCUUUAGAUGAUGUCCAACUUUCACUUGGAGACGUAUGCCCCCGGUACGAGGAUAGUGUUAAGAAAAUAUCACCAAUGGAUUUCAUCAAUAUUCAACAUAAUGGGCUACUUCAGAAACCAGUUACGGAGUUCAGGACCUUUCCAUCCUAUAAUUAUGUAGUACCUGGUUCUGAAUCUUAAACCAUCUGAUAAUAACGAAGAUGACUUAAUCGUCAUCCACAGUGAUGCUGCUUCUGAAGAGACGGUGUCUGAUGAUCAUAGUGUUAGGCUUUAGCUGCAGGCAAAACUUAUUGUAGAUCUUUAUGAGUUUUGGAGCUGUAGAAGUGUUGAAUCUUCUUUAUAGUUAUGCUUAUGCAACUGUUCUUGCUGUGAUGAUUUCAA